CACAGACUGUGAGAUCAUGACCUGAGCUGGUCAGACACUUAACCGACUGAGCCACCCAGGCACCCCUAGUCAAGGGACAUUUAUAGAAUGGGAGCAGGGUUGAGGGAACCAAGAAGGGAUGGUGAAGCAACCUGAGACUAGCAACAGCAGGACGAUAUGACCCCUAGGCUUGAAGGGCCAGGGGAAGAAGUGGUGUAUCCCACACGGGGAGAGCUGGAGCCUGGGAUGAGGGAGGGGUUACCUGGCAGGAACUCUGCCAUAGAGGAAUGCAGCUACUGGAGUCAUUCAUGGUGCUGUCUUUCUGCUGGUGCCUUCCAUUGGAACUCCCACUGGAAUGCCAACGACAUGGCUUAGGUAAUGCAGUUCUUAAGAGGUCAGCCUCUUGGAGUUUGGAACAGGCUCAAGAAAAGUUGGGGAUGGAUUGGAUGGUGAGGGUGUAUUUAAAGGGAGAGUAACACAACAGAUGACUUACUGUCCCUUUCUGGUUACCUCCUGGGGUUAAUCUUUUAUGCCUGUUCCUCUAACCUGUUUUAAUUAAUUUAUCUAUCUAUCUAUCUAUCUAUCUAUCCUUCCACCCUAAGCAUUUAGUGUGUACAGGAUCUUUGUUAGCCUCAGGGAAGCUAUAGAAAUAAAAGUGCUUGUCCUUAAGGAACUCACAGUUUAUGCUUGAUGUUCUCAGUUCUGCCUCAGCAAUGAGAUCUGGUGUUCCCUGUCAAUUUCUGUCCUCCUUCAUUAUUCUCAGAAAAUGGUAGACCCCUGCCAAUAAGCAUUUCAAAGAGCACUGUAUCAGUGAAGGCUCUUUCAUUUACAAGAGAGAGAAAACCUCCUAACUCAAAUUGGCUUAGGCAAAACAACAACAAACAAACAAACAGUGGCAUUUAUUAGCUCAAGAACGCAAAGGCCCUAGGGUAUUCUGGCUUUAGGCUUUGAUUCAGAGGUCUGAUUGCUUUCCUCCAAGGUGGCCUUGUUGUCGGGUUCCAUGAAGUGGACAGAUUGCUGCUCUUUCUGGUAGAGAAAAUGGAGGACCUUUCCCCUCCCAGACCCAGCAAAAGUGUCCUUGCAUCUCUGAAUCAUUCCAAGAUGGGACUGUGACCUAUCAUGAAAGCGAGGACACUGUGACACUGCAAAGGGCAAGAAUGAGUCAUAUGCUCACCCUGGAGUGGGGAAGGGGGCAGUUCUGUGCCAAUGGAAGGCCACAUACUAGGAGGAGGUGGAUGCUAGCUGAUAAAUAGGAAAAAAACCCAAGGGGAUAUUAAAGGCAGAGUCAAUAUACCUGAACCUGUUAUGGAUAAGAUAUUCGAAUUAUUUUAAAUCACUCACAUUGAAGCCUAAACUAGACCAGAGAUACUUAGGAUUUUUAGACUUUAAUUUUGUCUCCUAAAUGCCCCUGCCUAUUCAUGCCUCUCUUUCCCACCCUCACCUUCUCUCCUUUACCAAGAAACUAGAACACAAAAGACCAACCCACUCUACACAAAAGAUGCUUUAAUGUAGUACCUUUAAAAGAAAAAAAAGGUUUCACUGUACUAUUUGUGUAGAUUCAGCUUAUAGUAAGAAAUCAGGAGAUAGAGGGUCCAUUUACUAGUCGACUGUUGUUUUUUCAGGCUCUUUGAUACAGAAAUCUAAUUUUUUCACUCACAAUCAAUUUGGCAUUAAAAGAUCCCGUAAUUUGGUCCCAUUAGUCACGCACUUUUAUCUUGACUUCAGAGUCAGACAGAAAUUCUAGCUCAUACAUUUAAAGAACUGUAGGCACUUGGUCAAAUCAGUCAUCUCAAUUUCUUCAUUGGAAAAGAGAGUAGUAUCAUCUGCUAAAUAUUUUCUUUCUCUCUUAUAUAUCCUGUCUGUCUGUUUAUCUACUUACCUACCUAUCUGUCUCCUCUAAACAAGCAUGUAUACAAUCUCUCAUUUAAUCUUCCCAACAACCCUGUGAAGGCUAGAGGGUACCUAUUUUACACACCAGGAAACAGGCUGAAUGAAAGAAGUAACAAGCUAAGCUUGUGUUGAGACCUUUGGUGUUGGAGGAGCUGGGAUUUGAAACCAGAUGGAGCAGAUUAAAAGGGCAAAUAAACUGUUUACAAAUGAUUGUAUAUUUCUGAAGAAAACUUUGAACAUCCCAGUUAUAUCAGAGAAGCCUUUGUUGUUUAAUGGACUUAACUCAAUAGAUUCUCCAGAAAAUGAAACUGUUGAUAGCGGUUUUUCUCAUGAAGAAGAGCCAGCAGCAGCUGGAGAAGACCUCUCUCCUUCCAGUCCUCAAGAAUCUGAUGUUCAGCCUGUACAACCUGAAGAAGUGUCAGCUAGAGAUUUCCUGCAGAGACUAGACUUGCAGAUUAAGUUGUCAACACAGGCAGCCAAGAAACUAAAAGAAGAGAGCAGAGAUGAAGAAAGUCCUUAUGCAGCUUCCCUCUAUCACAGUUAGAUGAUCAGGGACUAUAAUCUAACCUGGAUUAAAAGGUGGUUGGAUCAUGAAGAAACCAACAACUAAAAAUUCAAAAGCAUAUACAUCCUUAAAUCACAACCAAAUAGUUUCACCUACUGCAAUUGCACUGACGUGAUUAUUUCCUCUGGCUUUCUAUGAUUUUAAGUCUUUAUUAUGGCAUGAGAGCAAAAUCGUAUCCUAAAGAUCAUCACUUUUGUAGGUGAUGGUAGUUUUUAGACUAGUUUUUGUAAAUACUAGUUAACAUAAAGCAUCAAAGACUAUAUACAUAUUCAAGCUGAAAACAGUGUUUAUCUUCUGAAAAAUCCUAAUGAUGUGAAAUAUAUGGUUGCUGUUUAAGUGAUGCUGAUUUUGCUAUGUGUUUAUAAAUUAAGUGCUGUAUAUAUAUAUAUAUUUCAAUAUGUAUUACAAUAUUCUGUAUUAAUAUAAAGAACCAAAUUUUGUCUGCUAUUUUGUAAAAAUAAACUACAAAAGCCUGAAUGAGAAAAUAAACUAUGUUUUCAUA